AUGUCUUCAGCUGGGGCGAUUGCGAUUAGUCCUAUGUGCAAAGAAUCUAUGAUGAUUCCUGCAGAUUUCCAUAGCCAAGAAUCAAUUUUGAUAUACGUGGCUAUGUCAGGGUCAAUGGUACCAAUGAGGGUUUUGGAAUAUGAUUCAAUUGACUCUGUGAAGCUUCAGAUUCAAACCUGUAAAGGGUUUGUUGUGAAAAAUCAAAAAUUGGUGUGUGGGGGCCGAGAAUUGGCCAGAAGCAAUUCCCUCAUUAGGGAUUAUGGAGUUGGUGAUGGAAAUGUUCUCCAUUUGGUCCUUAGGUUAUCAGAUCUUCAGGUCAUCAAUGUGAAAACUUCUUCUGGUGAAGAGUUUACCUUUAAUGUGGAUAGGAGCAGGGAUGUCGGAUAUGUGAAGCGUCAAAUUGCUCGUCAGAUUGCUAAGAAAAAGAAGGGUGCUUUAGGAGAUAUCGAUGAGCAAGAAGUGCUUUGCAAUGGUGAAAGACUUGAAGAUCAGAGGCUUAUACAUGAUAUCUGCAAGAACAAUGAUGCUGUGAUUCAUUUGUUUGUGAGAAAAUCUGCAAAGAUUAGAGCAAGACCGGUGGAGAAGAAUUUUGAGCUGUCUAUUGUGGCACCACAACUGAAUGAUGACAAGGUUACAGAGAGCAAUGGUGGGAAUGAAAUACUAGAGAAUAAGCUUUCGGUCCCUAGGGAGCCUCCUGAUAGGGCAAGUAUUUUGGAACCUAUCAUUGUUAACCCAAAGAUUGAAGUGCCUUUGGUGAUUAGUGAUUUGAUUGGCUCUACACUUGAAGGGUUAGAUAGAGGACAUUAUCCUAUUAGAUCCUCCGAAGGCACAGGAGGAGCCUACUUUAUGCUUGAUGCAGCAGGGAGUAAGUAUGUUUCGGUGUUUAAACCAAUUGAUGAGGAGCCUAUGGCUGUGAAUAACCCGCGAGGGCUGCCUUUAUCAGUUAAUGGAGAGGGCUUGAAGAAAGGAACAAGAGUUGGAGAAGGUGCUUUGAGGGAAUGUGCUGCUUACCUUUUGGAUCAUCCAAAAAGCGGUAGGCGUUCAUUUUCUGGUGAGGCACUGGGCUUUGCUGGUGUUCCACCAACUCUCUUUGUGAGGUGUCUCCACAGCGGAUUCAAUCACCCAGAUGGUAUCACCCCUAAGAUUGGCUCCUUGCAAAAGUUCAUGGAGAACAAUGGAAGUUGUGAGGAUAUGGGUCCCAGUGCUUUUCCUGUGGGGGAAGUGCAUAAGAUUGCAGUGCUUGAUAUGAGGAUGGCAAAUGCAGAUAGGCAUGCAGGGAAUAUUUUAAUGAGCAAAGGUGAAGAUGGGCAGGUUGUCCUCAUUCCAAUUGAUCAUGGUUACUGCUUGCCUGACGGUUUUGAAGAUGUCACUUUUGACUGGCUGUAUUGGCCACAAGCUCGUCAGCCUUUUAGCUCCGAAACCAUUGAGUACAUAAAAUCACUUGAUGCGGAGGAAGACAUUGCCUUGUUGAAGUUUUACGGGUGGGACAUGCCUUUGGAAAGUGCCCGCACACUCCGCAUCUCUACUAUGCUUUUGAAGAAAGGUGCAGAGAGGGGCCUCACGCCAUUUACCAUAGGGAACAUCAUGUGCCGCGAGACCUUGAACAAGGAAUCUGUGAUUGAGGAGAUUGUUCAAGAAGCACUGGACUCUGUGCUUCCUGGCUCAAGUGAAGAUGCAUUCCUUGAGACCAUCUCACAUAUAAUGGAUCAACGCCUUGAUGAGAUUUCCUAUUGAUAUUUCACUGAAGAAUUGGUAUAUAGGUGUACAUAGGAGAGUCUGCGGACACCUAUUGUCUGCAUGCAUCAACUUCAAGAGAAUAUCCUGAUUUCAUUGCUUUCAAUUCGUUUUCGCAGUUAACUGGAAAUGACCUAGCUAGGUUAUGACCAAGUUCUUUAUCUCGGUGUCAAUUCUCAAAAUACUGUAAAGUUUGUUCAAUCUUUUUUUAUGCUGGAUUAAGUUGAAGACACAGUAUCCUUUUCCUCAAAUAAUAGUUUACGUUCUUGUAUACUUAUUAAAUAUAUUUGCAGGAGCCAAGGCUGUUGA